UGUGCCCAGUGGAUUUGGGUGAUGUUUUUAUUAGUAAAGCAGAGUUCUAGAAUUGGGUGUGGGGAUGUGCAAAGAUCACAAGGAAAAGACUCAGAAAAAUCAGAUUUCAGAGACUAGAGAAAUAUUUAUUCUUUUUGGGCCACCUAUGGUUGUCUGCUUAUACUCUAGGGAAUGUAAUCAACAACAGUUUGGGUUUUACAGGGAAAGUGGUCCCAAAAUAAAGAGAACUGUAAGGGGUGGGGAGAGGAGGGGGCAGGGUCCAGAAUUGCUGUUUUGUGGUGUCUGCCUGCCCCCUGCUGGGGAGCUGAGACAUGCCCAUCUCAGAAGGAUGGGGGUCACUGGGCUCCUGGCUAAGGUUUCUCCCAGAACAAUAGGGACUGACCCUAUUGUGUGGGAAGGAUAGCAAAUGGUACCAGAGAAGGAAACAUCCAUGGACCCUUGAAAGGCACACAGGACAAAGGUAGGCUGCUGGACUGGGGCCCAGGUAUUGCCCCUGUCUGGGCUACUGCUCCCACAUUCAGGAACCAGACCUGGUGGGUGAGGACACGUCCCUCCUGCCAAGUUAAUAGGUUCCUCCCCCAGGCAGGAAUAUAGCUCUGUACCUGCAGUAGCUCCUGCCCAGACUCUGCCUGUCAAAACCACCCUGCAGUUCAGGCUCAAGGAGCAUGGUCACAGGAAGGUGGGGUUUCAGAGCACCCCUGAGGGACUUCCCCUCUCCCCAGAAUUCCGUGAUGAAGGCCCAUAUGUUUGUAGGUGUGCUGGUCAUGAUGGGCUUCACAGUGGGAAAGGCUCCUGUUCCUGAAGUCCGGACCUGCCACCUCUGCCUCUUAGAAGAUCCUACUAUAGGAUGCGUUUCAGGCUCGGAGAAGUGCACUAUCAGCAGCUCAUCCCCGUGCAUGGUGAUCAGCAUCUUUCAUAAUACCAAGGUUCGCUUCUUAAUCCGAGGCUGUGGACAGCACAAGUCUUACCAGUGCCAAGAAAAACGCCCCACCUACCUCUCAGAGUACUGGUACUACGCCCAGUGCUGCCAGUAUGAUUACUGCAACUCCUGGUACAGCCCCCAGCUCCAGAGCUCCCUCCCUGAGCCCCCUGAGGGGUCCCUGGCCCUGCCCCUGUCUGAGUUCCAGAUCCAGUGGUUCUACCAAGCCCUGAACCUCUCACUGCCCCUACCCAGCUUCCAUGCUGGGAAGGAGCCUUCUGAAGGCCUGGACCCCCUGGCUGUCCUGCCCCUGAAUCUGAGUUUGUCCAUUGCUGACCUGCGCCGCAUAUACUGGUUCCUCAACAAUUCAGGACUUUUGGUUCUUCCCUGGUCUAGGCUGUGAUGUCUUACCCUUCCCAGAUUUCACUCUGGUCCAGCGUCUCUCCCCUGACACCCCAGCAUCAUGUACUGCCCUCUCAGAACACUCACACUCUCUGGUCUGUGAGUUCUCAGUCUUCCUUUCCUUUGUACUUUCAUCGUCUAUAUGGGUUUGGUUUAGUUUCCUCCCCAAAAAGCAGUUGGCGCUGCACCCAGUGCCCUUCGUCCACCUAGAAAAUAAUCUCAAAUGUGAAUUCUGCCUAGGCCGACCUGGGAAAGGCACAGUGGUUUCCUCAUCCCUUUCCCAUCAUCUGAGUGGGAUCAUCCCCCCCCACCCCCCAUCUUCCUGAUCCCCUCUCAAUCUGGCUAUUUCCACUCCUACACCUGUCUCUCAAACCUUGUGCCAGACUGAACUUGCAUCAAGAAGGGUGA